AUUGUUUUCAAAAUAAGAAACAAAUGGUAAAGUGUGGUCCAUAGUCCACACCUUUGCACCUUUUCCAUUGCAUGCAAACUCGGUGCAAUCCUCUCUCUAACUGUUUGUGAUUUGUGAUUUGCCUUUUUUUCAUUUCUGACAGACUUACUGUCAUACACGCACAAUCCUCAAAAGUUCCUCUCUGAAAAUUUCCCGAAUCAUUCGGGUUGUAAUAAUCUUCUUUGAAACUCAAAGAGUUUUCUGGAUCGUUGACGUCAAUUUUGACUUCAAGUUUCAGGUAAGCUUUCUCAGGGAUCAGGGCACGUGGUCACGCCAUUCUCCUAAUUUGCUCCCAAACUUCUCAAAUCCAACUGAGAAUCCUGUAUGCUGAUUUGGCAAUCAUUCAAUGGGGGCUUCAAAUUCUAGAUUGGAAGAAGACAAGGGCGUACAGCUUUGUCGGGAGCGAAAGAAACUAAUCAAACAAGCACUUAAUGGCAGGUGUUCUCUGGCAGCUGCUCAUAUUACUUAUAUAGAAGAAUUGAAAAUCAUAGGUACUGCUUUGGGGAGAUUUGUCGAACCUGAUUCUCAAGUUGAACCGUCCAUGCAUAUUUCAACAAGUGCGACGCCGGAGCCACAUGCAUUGAUUGAGAGGUCUAUCUCCCAAUUUUCACUUUCCUCUCGGUCUCUGUCCCAACAUAUGGAUACCACUGUGAAUAAAUCACCAUCUGCUUCACCUCCGAUCACAAGUCGACACCAGGCCCAUCAUAUGAAAUUCAGAGGUAUGUUUUCCAAGAAAGUUGAAGAAAAGCCUUCUGUGCCUGUCACAUUAUCAGUUGCUUCAACUACUCCUCGUUCCACCGAAGGACCUGAAGCAUCUUCAUUUGAAAUACCUUCCAUCCCGUCAGAAACUCCUUGGGAUUAUUUUGGUCUUUUUCAGCCAAUUGUCAAUCAUUUUUCUUCACAAGAAGGCGGGGGAUUUGAUCAGGGUUCGGAGUACUUUGGCGAGAUUAGAGAGCUUAGAGAAGAGGAGGGAGAUCCUGAAUUGGAAGAUGUAAAAGAAAAGGUUUCCACACCUGGAAGGGUAGAAUCUCUUGAAUCAGAAGAUGAAUUUGAUGACCCUUCUACGGAAACACUUGUUCGAAGUUUUGAAAAUGUGAACAGGGCAACAGAAAAUUUUGUGAAUAAUGAUUCACCCAUUACGCCCUCGGGCACUGCAGUAUCAGAAACCAAGUUUGGGAGUGAACAAGUUCACGGGACUAAAGAAAAUGUAAUGAACGGCGAUUCACCUAUUAUGUCCACAGAGAGUGCAGUAUCAGAAACCAAUGUUUCUAAUGUGAAGAAAAACAACUCUCCUUAUUUAUCACCGUUAAGAGCCACAUCUUCAAGAUUUCUGCAUCUAAAUGAUGUGAAGAUAACGCCAACGAAAGAAACUGAGCUAGAAGAUAUAUCUGCACCUAAGGACUUCUUUAUGAGCAUGAAAGAUAUUGAACAUUUGUUUGACAUGGCAUCAGAAUCUGGAAAAGAAGUUCCCCGGAUGCUUGAAGCAAACAAAUUUCAUUUCCGUCCAAUUUUCCCAGGGAAAGAGCGUGGAUUGAUGACCUCAGCAUUACUGAAAUCAUGUCUCUCUUGUGGGGAUGAUCCAAGUGAGGUCAAGGAAGAGCCACCUCAAACAUCUGUGAAGUAUUUAACUUGGGGCCGGACCGUGUCAUCUCGUUCAGCUUCGUCUAGGAAUCUUCUAGGCGUGAACUCUGUAGAUGAUGGUGAGGAUGUUGCUAACAAUCUCUUUGAUAACUUCUGUAUGGUCUCUGGAAGUCACGCCUCGACCUUGGAUAGGUUGUAUGUGUGGGAGAAGAAGCUUUAUGAUGAAGUUAAGGCUGCUCAGGUGCUUAGAAGUAAUUUUGAUCAGAAGUGUAAAGUGCUUAGACAGAAAGAAUCACAAGGAAUGAUACCUGACAAAACACGUGCAGUAGUCAAGGAUCUGCACUCAAGAAUUAGAGUUGCAAUUCAUAGAAUUGAUUCCAUAUCAAAGAAAAUAGAAGAAAUUAGAGAUACGGAGCUUCAGCCACAACUUGAAGAGUUAAUUGAUGGACUGAGGAGAAUGUGGAACAUGAUGCUUGAAUGCCACAAGCUUCAAUUUCACAUCAUAUCAGUUUCUCACGCCCCUCGAAGCACAAAGAUUGCUGUGCAGUCGGAUUCCUGGAAACAGAAUACCAUUUAUCUCGAAAACGAACUGAACUCGCUAAUGUUGAGCUUCACAAAAUGGAUUGGUGCCCAGAAAAUAUACGUGGAAUAUAUAGACAAGUGGCUUUUGAAGUGCGUCUCUCUUCCACAGAACAAGUCAAAAAGGAACAAAAGGAUGAAGCCCCCACCUAUAAGAGACUGUGGGCCGCCCAUAUAUAUCAUGUGUGGUACCUGGUUGGAGAUGAUCGACAAAUUGCCCUUGCUAGGAGUCGUGGAAUCGAUCAAGAACUUGGUAGCUGAAGUUGCUCACUUUUUACCACAUCAAGAGAAGAACCAAAGGAAGGGUGCGAAUCAUUCUGAUUUGAGUGCCUUGCAAGUUGGAACCAAUGAUGACGAUCCAGGUAUCAAUAUGUUGAGAGAUGAAGCUUCCGAGGAUUGGAUAACGGGUUAUGAUCGGUUUCGUACGAGCCUGGUGGGUUUUCUUGGCCAAUUAAACAAGUUUUCUGAGUCUUCUGUGAGGAUGUUCGAUGAUCUCCAGAAGGUCAUAGAAAAAGCAAAAGAAAACUACAAACAAUUUAAGUCUCCAUCUUGAAAUUUUUGUUGUCCAAAUUAUAGUACAGAUUUAAGGUUUUUGGUAUGGCUGCAAAUACUGGGGGGUACAGGUUGAAAAUAAGGAAGAAAUUAUCUUUUAGGAAUACAGGGACAGAUUGAUUGAGGCAUCAGAUCUAUGGAGCAAAAGAAACAAAGGGUAAAAUCUUGGAGUUUCUUUUAAUGUUCUAUUGCCAGAUGAAAUAAAGGGGAUGCAUAGAGCAUGCAUUUUACAUAUGUACAGAUAUUUGAAACAGCAUGUUGGGAAGUUGUAGUAUAUGAUAAGACGGAACUGUCUGUAAAACUUCUGGGCGAAUUUUUUAGUUUGAUUUUGUAUGUUGUGAAUCAUAGGGUAUUCUACUUUUUAAAAUGAACCUUCUAAAUUUAUAGAAAUGUUGAUUCUUCGAAA